AUGAAAGGAGCUACUGAUGCCGAGAAGUAUAGACUUCGUCGUAUUCGUAUUGCUUUAACCUCAAAAAAUUUAAGGGCUAUAGAAAAAGUUUGUAGUGAUAUUAUGAAAGGAGCUAAAGAAAAAAAUUUAAAUGUAUCAGGUCCAGUAAGAUUACCUGUAAAAACAUUAAGAAUAACAACAAGAAAAUCACCUUGUGGAGAAGGAACAAAUACAUGGGAUAGAUUUGAAUUACGAAUUUAUAAAAGACUCAUUGAUUUAUAUUCUCAAUGUGAAGUAGUUACUCAAAUGACAUCUAUUAAUAUUGAUCCAGUAGUUGAAGUGGAGGUUAUUAUAACGGAUUCGUAA